GUCCGGCAGAGAACGAAAUCCACGGGCGGCUUGAUUCUUCUCAACCGAAUAUUGAUCAUCGCAAAACAACUAAAUUUUCGUUAAGGCAUUACUCUUUGGCCCUUACAAAAAAAUUUGCCAUUUCAAGAUUACGCGUGUAACGCAUUGAAGAUCCAAAUAAAUUGGCAGAAGACAGAGAAGUUGGAAAUCAUAUGUCGUUGUGAAAGCAGCUGCACAGGCCACAGGCCUUGCCAAGAGUGUGGAAGUGGAAGUGGAAGUACUGUGAAUGUACAAAAGAAACAGUUUUAACCCGACAUCUGUAAAAUCUAGAACAGUACGACCCCAUUUCAAGCUGUAGGAUUUGUCAUUCACAUUCAAUAUCGUGAAAAUUGGCAACUUCUCGGAAAUGAGCUUCCUAUUUGGAGGCCGUUCGUCCAAAACCUUCAAACCAAAGAAAAACAUUCCAGAAGGCACGCAUCAAUAUGAUCUGAUGAAAUAUGCUGCAGCCACUCUCGGUUCAGGAAAUUUACGACUUGCUGUUCUCCUUCCUGAGGGAGAAGACCUCAAUGAAUGGGUUGCAGUGAACACUGUUGAUUUCUUCAACCAAAUAAAUGUCCUUUAUGGCACCAUCACAGAAUUUUGUACUGAAGAGAUAUGCCCCAUCAUGUCAGCAGGGCCCAAGUAUGAGUACCAUUGGGCAGAUGGACAUACAUUCAAGAAACCAAUUAAGUGUUCUGCACCAAAGUAUGUGGACUACCUUAUGACAUGGGUUCAGGAUCAAUUGGAUGAUGAAACUAUAUUCCCCUCUAAAAUAGGUGUACCAUUCCCAAAGAAUUUUCUUUCUAUAGCCAAAACUAUUUUAAAGCGGCUAUUCAGGGUUUAUGCACACUUGUAUCAUCAGCAUUUCUCAGAGGUGGUGCAGCUAGGAGAGGAGGCUCAUCUCAACACUUCCUUCAAACAUUUUAUCUUUUUUGUUCAAGAAUUCAAUCUUAUUGACAGAAGAGAAUUGGCUCCAUUGCAAGAAUUAAGUGAAAAAUUUACCGCUGGGGAGCGAUAAGACUUAAACUCAAAAACAAGUGGUAUCAGAUGGAAGCUUGCUAUCCUGAUCUCAUGUAGUUAGAUUUGCAUCUGGCUGCUUUAUUAUUAUUUUUUUCACUUCAGUAGUAACUUCCACAGCCCCCUUAUUUAGCUUAAUAUUUCUCUUGUUUUGUCUACGGAAUCACUGUUGGUUUAAUGAAGAGUGUAAAUCUUUAAAAUAGAUAAUAUUCUUUAAUGUGGUUUUAUCAUAAACACGGUAAUUACAGGAAGACUGCAUCAGACCAACUUUUGAUACAAAAUUUAAUUCAAAUCUAUCCCACAUUUUGGGCUUAAUUUUAGGUUUUUAAAUUGAAAAAGAUUUUUGUAUUGAAGAAACGAGAUUGGUUAGAAGCAAAGCGUAUUUACUUUCUAAAGAAAUGUUACUUUUGUCUAUUGCCUCUUUCCAAAGAAAGCUAAAAUCGAUUAUUUUGUUGCUUCUGAAGUGUGGUGACAAAGCCACAAUGUGCAAUAUCUAGAAAAGAUGUAUCUAAUGUUUCCUCAUAUUUUCUGAGGUUUAAGAUUCCCAUUUUCUCAACUUUUGACUACCAAAGCAGACUUCAUAGGUAAUAAUAAUGAAAUUUAUUAUUGUAAUUUUAUUGUUUCUGUAUAGUGUACAUUAUGAGCUUUGAAAUGAACUUUCAUGUUCUACCAAGGAACUUGUUGACUAUUAGACUUAGUUAUUUCUAACUCUUACUGUGACACGAAGUCAUAGGAUCAGUAUGAGUUAGAUGAACAGCUGCAAACCUAUCGUUUUUUUUUCUGUAAAGAAGUAUUCUUUUGUUUUGUUUUGCUGCUAUGAAUUGAGGUGAACAAAGUGUACCCGCACUCUCUUGUAAAUAUGUAUGGAUGAGUGUAUGAAUGUCAGUGUGAGUGUGUCUGAGUAGACUUUUAGUUAUCCUAUUUAUGUGUUGUAGCUUGCACUCUGAUGUGGUUGGCAGGGUGAAGACAGAGACAACCUGAUCAGACGGAGGAAAGUAAAGCUGCUGUUUGGUUCUUGUGCAAGUUAACAGCCUCUGUUUUCUUCUUCUAUUUGUUCUUAAUUCUCUGGUCGAUUCUUGUCCUGGAUGCUAGAUUGUUAGAAUAGGAACGUUUUUUUGUUACUAGCUGUUGUUUUGCCAUACAGUUUUACUUUAAUUUCAAAUCCAAAUGUAAUUUUGUUAUCAAAAUUCCACUGCUGCCUUUUGGUAUCACACUUGCAUUGUUGGUAAAGUACACAUGGUGAAAUUUGGCCCGGCAGUGUGACGUCAAAUCUAAAAUUACUGAUAAUUUUUUUUGUUUUCUUCUAGAAAAUCUAUGGAUUUAGCCUUUUUUUUUUGUUAGAAUGUGCAUAUCAAUUACAAUACUCUGUUAAUGCAUUUUCCUUGUCUGCAUCACAUUUACUUACGCAAUAGUGUAGAUGGAAAUUGGCCACUUAUUAGUUGCACAUGAGCUUUCCAAUCCAUCCUCUUGUAUUUCAAUGUUUUCACUGUUGGAUUGUUUUAGUUUGAUUAGUUGAAUGGAAUCAAAAGUGUUAGAUUUUAACCCAUUUUAGGAGUUGUGUAGGCGAUCAUAACCAAAGUACAUAUUAAGUUUCAUUACCAAAACAAAAAGAAGAAGGAACUGUCAAGCUCAAUACUGAUUGAUCUAAAGAUUAGUGGUUUCA